AAACAUUGGUUUCAAUUCUUUUAAUUUUAAAGAUUUGUCAUUAUUUAUUUAUUUAUUAAAUGUAGAGAAAUAUUGGAAGCUUACUCGGCAGAACUAAGAGAUCUUGCCAUGACAAUUAUGAACCAAAUGGCAAAAGCCUUAGGAAUGGAAGCUGAUUAUUUCAAAGAAUUGUUUGGAGAAGGGAGGCAGGCCAUAAGAAUGAACUACUAUCCUCCAUGUCCACAACCAGAGCUUGCUAUGGGCAUCAAUCCUCAUUCUGACGGUGGCGCCCUUACCAUCCUUCUCAAGCUCAAUGAGGUGGAAGGCGUUCAAAUCAAGAAAAAUGGGAUGUGGAUUCCUGUUAAACCCCUACCAAAUGCUUUUAUAAUCAAUAUUGGAAACAUUUUAAAGAUUGUAACAAAUAGAAUUUACCCUAGUAUUGAGCAUCGAGCAACUGUAAACUCGAUGAAAGAAAGGCUCUCAAUUGCCACAUUUUACAGCCCAAAAAUGGACGGCAAACUGGGCUCGGCGCCAAGCCUUAUUACACCAGAGACUCCGGCGUUGUUUAAGAUAAUAAGUGUUGUAGACUACUUCAAGGGAUUCUUUUCCUGCCAACUACAAGGAAAAUAG